UUAAAUUGCAGAAAGCAAAUUAGUUUAACAAGCAACACCCAUUAUUAUGAUAAACUUUAAUUUAAUUAGCGCCGUUGGAGUUUGCUUAUUAUUUUUCUCACGGGUGGAAGCCAGGAUUUUCGGCGGCCACGUAACUUGGCGACCAGUGGCGGCUUCCAGCACUCAGGUGUAUUUGGAUGUAACGACAUUUUACGAGGGUACAACUUGUACCCCUGGUAAUCUGCUGGAGGUACCGUUAUGGUCGUGCAGUACUUCCUGCACCACUCCGAGCUCUCGGCCCAGUCAAUUAGGAACAACCUGCGGCAUAACCGACACUGAAGACAACUGGUCGAUUAAUCACUUCCAGGACACUUACACAGUUUCAGCAACCGGGCAGUUUUCAUUAACCUUAACUGAAAAUGUCGGUUUCUUCCCGCAAACCAAACGAACGUUUUUGUCUUCCUUUGACAACGGGAUAAGAUCAGACACCGGAAGACCAAAUUAUUCUCCAGUGGUGACCCAAGAUCCAAUUAUCAGAAUCAAAUCUGGUUGCGCAACAACUAUAAAAAUUCCGGUGACUGAUAACGACGGUGAUAACUUAUUCUGUCGUUAUGCUACUGGGGCCGUAGAAUGCGGCGAUUUCUGCACUGGAACCACCUCAGCUAUCGCCUUAGUUGGGAACACUUGCACUAUCACGUACGAUGGCACUGCCGGUGCAUCAGACAUCAAUGUGGCAUUGAUGAUAGAAGAUCGACCGACAUCCACUCUUACUGUGGGAAGUAGGAGUGUAACUACAAGUGAUACGAUUACUGCAGUUCCGCUGCAGUUUACAAUAAAAAGUCAGUAUGUUGUGUAA